UUCGAGCUCGUGAAUACUGAUUGCACUUAGGAAAUGAUCUGUGAUUUGUUCAUAGAUGAGGAGGGAGUCUACAAGCCUGUACCGGCACCGAAAUCGGCACCGACCACUCAGAAUAAUAACAACCAAAGCUUGCAACAACAGGAACCGAGGGCGGUUGGCCUAGAGGGUAACGUGGCCGGGCUGGAAUCGAAGCAGAACCGGGUUCGAGAUUCCGGGCACAAUAUUGCACCGGAAUACAGGAUGCCACCGCUCUACGGGGAAGAGCAGAGCUCGAAUCAGACUCAGCAGGCCAGCUUGCAGACUCACAGCAGCAAAUUUCCGAGUGCUCAAAUGCAAGACGUGAGGCAGGAGAAUCAGUCGAGGAGUUACCAGCCACCCGAGCCCUACGCGUCGACGUCGUCAGCGCCGAGGACGUCGUCGAGGGCCGUCGACGAGGAGAAGAGCAAGUCGAUCACCAGAACUUAUCACACGAUCAAAGACAUGAUUUCAAGCCGUUUCGGAGGUCAGGGCCGCAAAGAUGUGGAACAAGAGCCUCCAGAAGCGAGUUUGAACAACGUCGCAGAUGAGUCCAGGAAGAAUUCCAGUAGAAGCGUCGACGAAGAAGAUUCCACCAAGAAGAAGGAGGGAAUCUAUGGGAAACCUAGAGCACAAGAUCCUCCCCCCAUUAAUGUGCAACAAUAUCCGAAGAACACUUGUGGCCAGUACGGGCACUCGUACAGCUACCUGGGUGGUCAGCAGCCGAACGUGCCGCUGCCUGGGCAACUCCAACCGAGUUUGCCAGGUCAGGGUGCUCAACUGCACGUGACGCACCACGCGCCACCCGGAGGGGUGCAGACGGUCCACCAAACGCAAGUACCAAAUUUCGGGCAAUCCGCGACAGGCACUGGUACAAAUGUUGGCAACCAGCAACAGCAGGUGCAGAACGUGGGAAGAGAGUACGUCGUCCAGGCUUCAGGGAUAUCUGGCCAGCAGCUUCAUCAAGGACUUCAUCAGAAUCAGAAUACGCAAAUGCAGAAGAGUCACGGUUUGACAACGAUGCAACAGCAUCAAGCAAACGCGAUGCAGUCGUCGAACCAAAACUUCCAAAGUCCCCAGCAGCUGCUGCACCAGAAUCAGACGCACCACCAAAGCCCAAGGUUCACCCAACAGCACGCUCAGAAUAUGCAGAGGCAACUGAUGCAGCAGAUGCAUCAGCAGCAGCAACAGUUGGUUGGUCAGAACGCGCAGAGGAACGUGCCACAGAGUUUCUACUCGAGCAGCGUGUCAUACCAGCAGUACCAGCAAGCCAGGCAGGCGAUGUCCAGAUCUCAGAUCGACCUCCCGAGCACCUCGAGACAAGCCCAAGAGCUCAGACUGUCUGGACAGGAGGUCUACUACCAUUACGCCCAGGGCAGGCCCAGGUACGGGGUGCCGCAGCUUUACAUGAAGAACGAGGGGGCCAGUCAGGAAACGGAGUUCCAGAGGAGGAACUCGGCUAAGGGGAUCGAGAAGGCUGCAUCACAACCGCAAUUGUGUUACGAGGAUGAGACGGUCAAUGAGCAGUCGAGGAACGUGGAUGGCGUAAAAGGAAUCACGGUGGAUCCUUUGGACAAGGAAAGGUAUGCAGAAUUUAAUGGGGACGGUUCGAAGAGAGUGGAGGGUCAGUACACGAAGGAUGGGAUUAAAUCUGAUGCGAGGAAAGACGAAUUGGAGCACGGGAUGAGUCGAUUAAAAAUUCAAAACCAAGGUUCGGGUUCGGACUAUGACAAAACUGGUCAGAGUUCAUCCAACGUCGACUCUGGCAGAGGUUCUGCUGUAUAUUCUAGCGGGAGGCGGCCACCGCCGGAGGACCAGACUCACCCCCCAGUGCAAGAUUCAGAAUGGGUUGACAUAGUGGAGACGGAGCUGAGAAGUAUCCUGGAGCCGAGAGACGUGCCAGCGAUGGCGCAUUCCACCCUCUCGGAGAGCGUGUCGUCGGUCACGCCGCCCCUACCGCCGCUUUCGCCCCACGAGAGUCCCAGAACACCGAGAAAUCGAUACUCGGCUAGCUUACCGUACGGAUCGAAACCAAAUUACACCGAUUACGGGAAGGCGAUGGACAAGAGAGGGUUCUCCGGCAGUUCGAAGCAUCGCGGCCCGUCGAGUUCCAAGAAGGAAGCCGCGAAGAAGUUCUCUCAUCUUUUCGGCGUCGAGGCUGCCGAUCUCACGUCGACCACCACCGGUCUCGAUCUGGACUCCAUGUUGGACAGGAGCGAUUCAGAUUUGAGCACGAACGACGCGAGGACCAUUAGAAAACAGCUCGAGGGCUUAGAAAAUAUGUACAGCGAG